AUGUCGGAAAUGGCCAGCCCAGUGUCGUUAACCACCCUCUCAACCGAACUCCGCCACAAAGUCCUAGCCUCUGUGAUUUGGACAUCAACAGCAACGCUCUAUAAUCACCUCGACCUAUUUUUCCAAGAUCCUCGGGUCCGGCUCCGCGAUGACUGGGACAUAUGGGUACCAACCACACCACCUCAACCACCCGCUCUGUCACUCCUCUUGACAUGCCGGAUCCUGCGCUAUGACGUCCAGUAUCUAUUGAAUUCAUCCACUGCCCAAUCCCACCCCUAUGAGAUUGACGUCGUCUUCAUUGCCAAAUGCGGACUUUUCCCAACCUGGGUGUGUUGUCCACUCCCAAGCCAGAUCAACCUCGACACUCUCCAGGCGUCAUUCCGCAUAAUGGACGUGGAGGAUAUCGACGACGAGGUACCAGCUGGAAGGCAGGGGGAGUUCUUAAGCCGUUACCGCGGUGUAUCGUCUGACUUCGAUGCAGACAACUACCCAAAUCCUCCUCCCGGCUCAUGGAACUUCUAUCGCCUGUUAGCGUCCUUCCUGGCCUUGGGGCCUCGGGGCCUGACCUCUCCCGCUUAUCAAAGAGAAAAUCGCGGCUGUCUUUCAAGAAGCAGAUACUCACUCCAACAUCUCAUCAUUAGCGUAACAUCUAAGGAGGAAACUGAAAUGGAUGACGAAAGACGGGAGCGAGCAAGUGGACCAAGGCGGUUCUUACUUGACCACAAUUCCGACCUGCCUUACGGAGGCUCGAGAGAAGAGGACGUUUUUCCAGGGCCGCCUGACAAUUCUCCAUACACAUGGACAGGCCCCACCGAGUUGGAGACCGUUAGAGGGAUGUAUGGCCACGCGGGCCGUCUCACCCUCGGACACGCCGACCGCUAUGGCUUGUACCUUGCCAACACCCUCUGGGCCCUGCUUGACUUCAAGUGGCUCUCACGAGGCUUCGGUCUUAUGGUGUACGAAAGCAUCCUUGACGACAUUACCUUUUACGUCGACGGGAAGCCAAGACCUCACUUUGGCAUGGACGACUUGCUUUCCCUGGAACCCCUAAAGCACCGCACCUUGACACCGGAGGUCGCAGCAGCCCUUCAAGUCUGGAAGGAGUGGGUAAUGAAGUGGAGGAGUAAGCUACGGGAGCGUGGUAUGUUGGAUGAACCACGCCCGAGUUUUGCUUUUGUGAGAUACUUGCCGGCAUCGAUGGCAGAUCCUAAUGAGUGCCCAGAUUCAGACUCGGAUUCUAUGUCCGGCUCAGACGUAUAG